GGCGGUUCCGAGGCCCGCGAGCGUGGGCCAGGUCCUCACUUCUUGCUGCGUACCCGAGCGAACCGGCAGUCUCUGGCCUCCUCGCCAUGGCCAGCAGCGUCCCAUUGACCCCCAAGGGGUCCUUCCCGAGGUACCUGGAGCACCUCUCCGGGUCCGGCAAAGCCAUCGGUGUGCUCACCAGCGGCGGGGAUGCCCAAGGUAUGAACGCUGCUGUCCGUGCUGUGGUGCGCAUGGGAAUAUACGUGGGGGCCAAAGUGUACUUUAUAUAUGAGGGCUACCAAGGCAUGGUGGAUGGAGGCUCUAACAUUGUGGAAGCCAAAUGGGAGAGCGUGUCCAGCAUCCUACAAGUGGGUGGGACGAUUAUUGGCAGUGCCCGUUGCAAAGCCUUUCACACUCGAGAAGGUCGCUUACAGGCUGCUGCUAACUUGGUCCAGUGGGGCAUUACCAACCUGUGCGUGAUCGGUGGGGACGGAAGCCUCACAGGGGCCAACAUCUUCCGGAAGGAGUGGAGCGAACUGCUGGUGGAGUUGGCCAAGAAUGGUAAGAUCAGUGAGGAAGCCGUGACGAAGUACUCUUACCUUAACGUGGUGGGCAUGGUGGGUUCCAUCGACAACGACUUCUGUGGCACAGACAUGACCAUCGGCACGGACUCUGCCUUGCACAGGAUUAUGGAAGUCAUUGAUGCCAUCAUGACCACUGCCCAGAGCCACCAGAGGACCUUCGUUCUAGAAGUGAUGGGGAGACACUGUGGGUACUUGGCCUUAGUGAGUGCCUUGGCCUGUGGAGCAGACUGGGUGUUCCUCCCAGAGUCUCCACCAGAAGAGGGCUGGGAGGAAAACAUGUGCGUCAAACUCUCAGAGAACCGUGCCCGAAAAAAAAGACUGAAUAUUAUCAUCGUGGCUGAAGGAGCAAUUGAUACCCAAAAUCAACCCAUUUCCUCUCAGAAAAUCAAGGAUCUUGUGGUGAAGCAGCUGGGAUUCGACACUCGGGUGACUAUUCUUGGACACGUGCAGAGAGGAGGGACCCCUUCAGCAUUUGACAGGAUUUUGGCUAGUCGCAUGGGAGUGGAGGCGGUCGUUGCCCUGCUGGAGGCCACCCCCGAGACCCCGGCCUGCGUGGUGUCGCUGAGUGGAAACCAAGCUGUGCGCCUGCCCCUGGUGGAGUGUGUGCAGAUGACCCAGGAUGUACAAAAGGCGAUGGAUGAGAGGAGAUUUAAAGAUGCUGUACGACUCCGAGGAAGGAGCUUUGAGGGCAACCUGAACAUCUAUAAGCGACUGGCCAUCAAGUUGCCUGAUGAUCAGAUCACAAAGAGCAACUGCAGCGUGGCUGUCAUCAACGUAGGGGCACCUGCUGCUGGGAUGAACGCGGCCGUGCGCUCCGCCGUGCGAGUGGGGAUCGCAGACGGCCACAAGAUGCUGGCUAUCUAUGACGGCUUUGAUGGCUUUGCCAAGGGCCAGAUCAAAGAAAUCGGCUGGUCAGAUGUUGGAGGUUGGACUGGCCAAGGAGGGUCCAUUCUUGGGACAAAACGUGUCCUGCCUGGGAAGUUCUUGGAAGAGAUUGCUGAGCAGAUACGUGCUCAUAGUAUCAAUGCCCUCUUGAUCAUUGGUGGAUUUGAGGCUUACUCCGGCGCGAUCAUGAUGGCUAAUGCUCGUGACAGCCAUGAGGAGUUUUGCAUCCCUGUGUGCGUUCUGCCUGCUACUAUUAGCAACAAUGUCCCAGGCACAGACAUAAGUAUUGGCUCUGACACUGGCCUGGAUGCAGUCGUUGAGACAUGUGACAGAAUCAAACAGUCGGCCAGCGGGACCAAGCGUCGAGUGUUCAUCAUUGAGACCAUGGGGGGCUACUGUGGCUACCUGGCCAACAUGGGGGGCCUCGCAGCUGGAGCUGAUGCUGCCUACAUUUUUGAAGAGCCAUUUGACAUCAGAGAUCUGCAGUCCAAUGUGGAACACCUGACAGAGAAAAUGAAGACCUCCAUCCAGAGGGGUCUUGUGCUCAGGAAUGAGAGCUGCAGCGAGAACUAUACCACGGACUUCAUUUACCAGCUCUACUCAGAGGAAGGCAAAGGGGUGUUUGACUGCAGGAAGAACGUUCUGGGCCACAUGCAGCAGGGUGGAGUACCUUCUCCAUUUGAUAGAAACUUUGGAACCAAAAUCUCUGCCAGAGCCAUGCAAUGGAUCACCACUAAGCUGAAAGAGUCCUACGGCAAAGGAAAGAAAUGUGUUUCUGACGACUACAUCUGUGUGCUGGGAAUAAGCAAAAGAAACGUCAUUUUCCAACCUGUGGCAGAUCUAAAGGAGGAAACAGAUUUUGAGCACAGGAUUCCCAAAGAACAAUGGUGGCUGAAACUGCGGCCUCUUAUGAAGAUCUUGGCCAAGUACAAGGCAAGCUUUGACGUGUCUGACUCUGGUCAGCUGGAGCCUGUGCAAGACCAGAAUACUCAAGGGGAACCUGCGGCCAUCUGAGUGCUGUGCUGACCACCAAAAUGACAUGUCCAGUGAGGCCUGGAACUUACCGGGACCAUCUUUUUGUAACAUUUAAGUUAUUUAUCGGCACUUUAUGCAAGUAUUGUUGGCAGUAACAGCUAAUCAGAAAGCAUCAGUUACCAGUGUCAUCUUAUCCCAGUCAUCUGCGACAUGAACCCCUACCCAUUCCAGUGAGUUGUCUCCUCCCCCUUGUAUUCUAUCUCAUGCUUCAAAAUGUGUCUGUCUAGUGGAAUUAAACCUAUGACUGAAACCCUUAA